AUGUUUGGACUUAAAAGAGCAACAAGAAUUAACAUCACCAAGAAGACUUACCAAAGCCUUUUAAUUAGAGGAUAUGCGGCUGCUCAAGAUAUUUCAACUUUGCUUCUUGUAGAGCAUAAAAAUAAAAAGAUAUCACCAUCUACACUAAAUGCUUUGACGGCUGCCAAUAAGCUUGGUGGAAGUGUGACAGCUCUUGUUGCAGGCGAAGAUCCAACAACUGUUGCAUCACAAGUUGCAGGGCUUCAAGGAAUUUCCAAAAUUCUUGUAGCAAAAGAUAAAGCAUACGAGCACGGAAUUGCAGAAGUCUAUGCACCAUUGUUAGUCAAUGCACAAAAAAAUUUAAAAUUCACACAUUUGAUAACAUCACAUUCAGCAUUUGGUAAAAAUAUAUUCCCCAGAGUUGCUGCAAUAUUAGAUGUCGCUCAAAUAUCUGAUAUAAUUGAUAUUCAAGGUUCCGACGUUUUUGUUAGACCAAUUUAUGCUGGAAAUGCCAUUGCAACUGUAAAAUCAAAAGAUCCUAUAAAAAUUCUAACAGUUCGCGGAACUGCUUUUCCACCUGCUACAGCUGGUAGUACUGAUGCAUCAUCAGUUGUAACUGAGGCUGCACCUGAAGCAGAAAAACCAACUCUUACAGAAUGGAUCAGUGAACAAAUUCAAAAAAGUGAUCGACCUGAACUUGACUCUGCAACCAAAGUUGUAUCAGGUGGUAGAGCAUUGAAAAGUCGUGAAAAUUUUGAUAAACUUGUUUAUAACCUUGCAGAUGCUCUUGGUGCUGCUGUUGGUGGUUCCAGAGCUGCAGUGGAUUCGGGAUAUUGUGAUAAUGCAUUGCAGGUUGGACAAACAGGAAAGGUUGUUGCACCAGAUUUUUAUUUGGCAGUUGGUAUUAGUGGAGCUAUACAACAUAUAGCUGGUAUGAAGGAUAGUAAAAUAAUAGCAGCUAUAAAUACAGACCCAGAAGCACCAAUCUUUCAGAUUGCUGAUUUGGGCCUAGUUGCAGAUUUAUUUACAGCUGUUCCAGACUUGACAGAAAAAUUAAAGAAAAAUUAA